AUGGAACUCGAUAGACUAGAGGCCUUGGAAAGUAGGGUCCGAGGUGAUGAGGAGCGCAAACGCCAAAGGUAUUCUAAUACUCCUUCCCAGCCAUGGGACCAAGUCAGUACCGGUUCCAGAGUAACUCCCGAAAACUGCCACUCCGGCGAGACGUACAACAGCUCCGACAGCGAACCAGAACUUUUCCGGGUCAUUGCUCCUCCACCGGGCUUCGGAGAUAUGCCGAUGUCGAUGCAUGCGUAUGCUCAAAGAGUUGCUAAGCACGAACAAAUGACCAUGGUCAAAAAGUCGAACCAUUUCCUUCCCCAAAAUAAGCCUUGCGAGGAGACUUCAAUCUACAGAGAGCUUGAAGAAAAAGAUGAGAUCAAGUUGUCUAUGCUGCCGCCUUCUCACCAGGAACAAAGACAACAGCUGGAGUCUUACUCAAGUGGUGAAUUCGCGCGUCUCCGUGAGGAGUAUGUCCAGCACGAGAAAGCCGUUUCAGAUCUUUUAGGCUCGGAUACCUACGAUGAACCCUACCCUUCUGCUGAUAACCGCUCCUAUCGCCGCUCUGGUCCAGGAUUACGCAAAAAGGCGAGUGAUUCCCGGAAGAUCCUCAGUCUCCCCAAUGGCCAGAGACUUGACAUCACCAAGGUCAACCCGCAGAACCCACCUUCCUACAAUUACGCACAGCAGUGGCUCCAGGAGCGUGCCACUCCCGAAGAUGAUUCAUACAUCGGGAUUCCGCGGAUGAACCAGAUGAACCUGCAGCAUCACGAGAAUACUGCAAUCAACCACGGGACUCAGCAGAUAGUUGGCAAGUAUCAUUCCGGCGAGGCUCUCGGUACCCCAAAGCGUUCCAACGUCUACCCGACACGCAGCCCCGGGACCCCGGUGUCCUAUACCGCCCAGGGCCAACGUAGUGGCUACAGCUCUCCUGCAGUCAACCAACAAUAUACUGGCGUUGGGGCCAGGGACAAUAGUCCCACUGCAGUCAACCAGCAGUACAUUGGCACCAGGAGCAUGAACUCCAACCCCACCGUUAACCAACAGUACGGCAUUAGGUCCAGAAAUACCAGCCCCCCUGAAUUCAACCAGCAGUAUACUCGCUCCAUGAACAUGAAUACCAACCCCACUGUCGUUAUUCAGCAGUUUACCGGUAUUGGAAACAUGAACACCAAGGAUACCAAGCUCAAGCUCACUCCUUCUGAGGAUCUGCUCCUCUCGAAUGCCUUCUACAAGUACCAAGUUGAAGUCGACGAUGAUGGUUUGAGGGAUUACUAA